CUCACAUCGUGCACCCACCAAAGCGAGGCAGAAACCAGUCGAGUAUCCACAAUGCCCGUAAAAUCGUUCUCCAAAGUCACCAAGCAGAUCAAGGAAAAAAAGGGCGGCAGAAUCACCGCUCUGCACGAGCACAGCAGAGAUGCCCGGCGGCUGCAGCGGGCGAGCGCGCGAGAGGAGAAAUUGGCGGCCAAGAUCACUGCGAGGGAGAAGGCGAACCUACCUCACCUGCAAAGAGUAUCCUUCUUUCAGUCUUGCCUGCCCGAGGCCCCCGCACAGGUCACGCCGUACGACAUCGAGUCCAUUCAAUCGCUGAUCAAAAUCCUCCUUUCGCGCUUCGACGACGAGCUGGCGGCUCUCAAGGCCGAGCGCAGACCAGGCAGGCCGCCUGCGACAAGAGAGCUGGCGAUCAAGCAGCAGCUGGAGGCGGACAGCAAAGAAUACGAGUCCGGGCUGUGGAUACCGGACCUGAGGGAUGAGGAGACGCUCUUCAGUCUACGCAACUGGAAGGGCGAGUGGAGCGGCCUCAACGUCAUGAAGUUUGUUCGCCUCAAUCGCAAGGGCGAGGUGCGGGAGAGUAGUUUUCCUCCCAAGGGCCAGAGCUGAGCGACACUACACGAUGGUGAUGUGAGGAUUUAGACGCGAAAUAUCCCCAAGGAGCGGCAUGUUGCAAUGCUCGACGAGCAAAACUGUCUUCGUCUGAAGAUUCAUGAUCUGCGACGAAGGAACCUCAUGUGCCAUACACGCCAACACGUAGGGCUCAAAUGGAAGCACCGUUCAUUGAAACGAAAGAGACACAUUUAGACGAGAAGAUACCCAAGAAUCAUGCGUGUAUAUAAUGCAGUGGGGAG